UGAAACGCGGUUGAUGGCCGUUCAGCGCAGAUUUGUUUUUCCAGUACACUUUUUCCAGUCGUUGGUUAAAGUUGCCUGUUAAACUUGGGAAGUUGGGCAGAAUAAUGUCCUCCAGAAAGUCAAAUUCUACCGCGGAAGGCGUGCCUUCCAGCAAAUAUGGAGAGCGUACCCCUCUGCGAAGUCUGGAGAAUGAAAUGCUGCGCCCGCCAACUUCAUCAUCUAGACUGAAAUCAAGUGCUGAUUCUGUGAAAAUGACAAAGGGUGAAGCUCCUCUCUGUGACCCAGAGUCUCACUUGCACUGUCUUCCUUCCACCAAAGUGACACAAACCUGUGCUCCCACGAGUAAUAUGACAACUGCUGAGACCACUUGUGGACUUGGAGAUGUAACGUUUAAAUCCUUUGUUUGUCCUGGUGGUGAGGUUGAGAUUUCAGGCUCUUCAGUGUGCGCAGAAGAGAGCAUUAGUUUGCCCAGUGAUCAGGCUACUUAUAACACUGAGACAGAAGAUACAGUCAUAUCUGACAAUAUGACAGUGCAGUCGUGCUGUGACCACAUGGAACACCCUUAUUACAAUCCUGAGAUGAUAAAUGGUUCCUUGGCUGAUACUGAUGCAGCAUUCCGCUUUGAAGUUCCAAAUGCUACGCUGGCCUCUGGGAACCUGGAUGACAAACAUGCCGCACAAGAUUCAGGAGUUGUUCAGAAUGAUGGCUGUGAAGAGAAUGAUGUCACCUGGAAAUCCCUUGUCUGUGAUGGAGGCGAGGUGGAAGUUGCAGAUGUCACCAGACAACAGGAUGAGACCAUUCCUCUGCCCCAGGCACAGCUUGGUGAAUCUUUACAGGACACCUGUGUAAAUUCAACUAAUUUCUCUGACUACAGCCAACUGUGUCAAGCAGAACAUGCUGAUCAUCCAUACUAUACCAGUGCAAAUGGCGUUCCUGUCAUUACCACCUUUUUUGAGACACUGAAUGAUUUUGAAAAGCCUGCUAAUGGACUGAGUGAUGUAACCUUCAAAUCAUUUAACUGCACUGGGGGUGAGAUAGAAAUUUCAGAUGGCACCAAACUUGUAAAUGAGACCAUUCCUCUACCAGUCGACUACUCUGUGACCAGCAAUGUGUCAUACAAUUGCAGCAUAAAUCCAAGCAUUUUAGCUGGUGACCCCGAGGCGCAAAACGGUAAUGAUCAUUUAGAUCACCCAUACUGUAACAGUGCAAAUUAUUUGUCACCUUCAUGUGACAAACUUUCCACUGCCCAGGAACCGUUGUCAUGCAGCACAGACACUAUGGAUGAAGUUAAACAGAUUAGCUUGGUGAUUCCUGAUAGCCAGACUGGCAGACCAAACUGCCAUGUGGAAAAUGAUGAAGUAGUUUUAGAUACUCACCCACCAGCUUUCGACUCAUCUUCAUUUUCUGAUAUGUUGUUAAAGGCUUCGGAUAAUGAAUCCAUUAACUGCCAAGGGAAAGAAACAUCAAAACACUCAAUGCAUCCUGAAGACAGUGCAUUGCCUUCAGUGCUUCACAAGACCGAGUCUUCUGACUGCAGCAAACUUGUGGUUUCAGCAGAGGGUCCCACACCUGUGGAAGUCCAGCAGCAUCUGGAACAUGUCUCUCAAGUACAGUCAAGAAGUGGACCUCCUGAAUCUAGUGAGGCAAAAGACAGUGCCCUUGGUUCAUUGGGAAAUGGACCUGUUCUUUUUAACUCUGCAGAGAGCCUCCCUGAUGUUUUGAAAGCUCUGUCGGAGUGUCCCUCUGUAGCAUCAGCUUUACAAUUUGGAAUCCUCAGUCCUGUUGUUAGGAGAGCUUCUCAGUCUAUAUUGAAAGCUCAUAAUGAUCCUGCUUUUGACCCUUUUUUAGCUGACGAUUCUGCUCUUGAGGGUGAAAAGAGCUUGCUGGCUCCUGUUAACGCUGACCCUGCUGGGUUAUGGGCAGAGCACUUGGAGAGCCCCAUGCCACGACCUCUGUUCAACUCUACAGCACUGGGUUACAAACCCCGGUCAGGCCCAGCCACUGAGCUGGAUGAGGGUGUAGGUGUGAAGCCCUGUGCCGUGCCGCAGUCUGAGGUAGAAAAGCCGGGUCUGGAUUUUGCAUUGAUUCCAGAUGGUCCCCUUCAGCAGCAGCUCCGGCAGAUGGCAGAGUUCCUCAUCUUGGCAUCUGGAAAAAUGGGUCCUGCUGCUGUCUCCGCUUCUGCUCCACCUCCUGCUGCCAUCACAGUCCCAUCAGCAAGCGCUACUCCUGUAGAAUCCCACAGUGUUUGUGUGGGCACCACUGCUGUGGAACUGGUAGACCGCAGCCUCAACACAUCUGGCCAGUUUGAGAGAAAGAGGGAUUUCUCUGUGGUUGAUUCCUGCACUCUUACUGACCCUCUCCUGUGGAAUGUACCUCCAGGCAGCUUAGAGUGCCUCUCCAGAGAAGAGCUGGAGCAGAGGUUGAGGUCUAGCAUGAUCAUGGUGGAGGCCCUUGUGCAGCAGUUGGCUGCAGCCAGAGCACAUGGAUGUCCUUCAGCAGGCCCUGCACCUUCAGAGCUCAGGGAGAAAUUAGUGCAGACAGACCACACUGAACUCAGUCAGACCACAAUGUACCGAGACCUUUAUAUGGAGGCACUUGGCAGGAUCAGUGCGUUGGAACUGGAUGGAAGUUCUCUACAGAACCUCAUUCAGUGUAUGCAGGACAUGAGGGUCAACAUGACUUCUUUGAGUAGUGACACAGAUGCUGCUCUCUCUAACAUGAAAGAAAUAGGAGACAUUGUCAGAGAGGACCAUCAAAGCCUUGUUUCACACUAUGGUCAGAUGAAGUCUCUGUGUGAGAAAACAAAGGAGACACAAACACGAAUGAUGCAGAAGGUCAAAGAUGCUCUUCACCAAAGAAAUGACAUGAGGACACAGAUGGAGGAGGCUGUCACAGCCAAGGAGGCGGCCUUCAGUGUGGUGGAACAGCUACGGACACACUGUGGUACAGAGAUUUCAGGGCUAGAGAAGAGUUUGGGGUCUCAGCAAGAACUCCUGGCUGCCCUAAACCAGGCCUACCCAGAACAGGUUGCAUUAAACCAGGCCUACACUGAAACACUGAACUCUGCUUCUAAUCUUUUGUCGGAAACCAUGGAGGAGCAGUCCAGUUUGAUGAAAGAACUCUGCACAGUCAGAGGCUUUCUGCAGAAAACUGCUCCCAUGCUUCUGAAGCUGAAUGAGAAGGCAGCGGCUGCUUUGAAAGAGAGAGACGAGCAUAUUUCUGCAAGAGACCAAGCUGUUGAAGAGAGAGAGCAGAUCGAAGAAGAAUUGAACCAAGCUAAUUUGAAUCUUCAAACUGCCAGCGAACAGAUUGGUGAUUUAAAUCUGCAAGUGACAAUUCUUACCUCAGAGAUGGGUGUGCUGCGACAGAAGCUAACAGAAAGAGAGGAAGAGAGGGGCCAGCUAGAGAGGAAGGCGACAGAGUUGUCUGCUACAGUUUCCUCCACACUGGCUUCCUACACCUUCUUGGAGCAGGCCCUUGCUGCUGAGACGACAAAAUUGCAGCAGUCAUGGAAGGACAUCCAGCAAGCCAAGGACAGAGCAAAUGAGUUGGAGACGUCACUGGGCCUGUCGGAGCAGCAUGUGUGUGAGUUGAGUCAGGCUCUGGCUCAAACUGAGGAGCAGCUCGGUCAACUGCAGACCCUCUCACAGUCUCAGAAAAUGCAGAUCCAGCAGCUCCAGGAUGCUUGCACACAACUCAGUGGCGUGCGGGAAAUGAACGAGUUCUUACAGAUGGAGAAUGAGUUGGCGAGGGAGCAGGUGGCUGAAAGCGAGCGUUUGCUGAGGGCCAACCUGCAGGGGCUCCGGGAGAGGAACAUCCAGUGUGAGGACCUAAAAGGAGAACUUAGUCAGCUUCAGCUUGAGAACAGAAGUUUGCUGGAGCAGCUGGAAACCACAAAGUCCAGAGCCAGUGCAGCCCAGCUGGAGCUCGGAGAGAAGCUGGCUCAGGCAGCCACUGAAAUCACUUUGCUGCAUCACACACUGCGAGGCUUGACCAACGAGCUUCAUGCAACUCUCUGUGACCAGAAAUCAGAACCACUGAAGGAUAAAGAGUCUCAACCAGCCCACAGUUUGGAUCGUCGUCACCCCUCCAGCUCAUUUGUCGACAGUAUCAUCGUUGCAUUAACUGCUGAAAAGGAGGAAGACAUCAACACAGAGACACCUCCUGUACCAGUCCCCUCAGACAUGCCUGAGCCACAGUGUGAAACUUUGUUCAGUGAGAAAAGCGCCUUCACCCGCAUAGCAGCAGCUGUCACCCCUAAAAAGAAUUCAAAUUCAGAAGAGUUUGAACCAGAAGAGGACGAUCAGAGCAGUGUGGCAGAGCUGCUGGCUGACCUGGGCAGCACCGUCACAGAGCUCGUCAGCACCCUGAAGCUGGUGCAGCAACACAAAGACGCUCAGCUGCAGGAGCUGCACAACACCAUCUAUGACCUGCAGGAGGAGCAGCAGGCUGCAAACAGCAAACACGAAGCUGAAGUGUUUGAGCUUCAGCAUCAACUUAGCCGUCUAAACAGCCUGGUUGAGAGGGGCAAUCAGGCAUUGCAGCAGAAAGCCCAGGAUGAGAAAACUGUGGCCACGCUGUCAGCAGAAUUACAAGAUGCCCAGGAAAUUUUAAAUAAACACAAGACUGACAACAACGAAUUGCGAAAGGAGGUGGUUGAGCUUCGUCGCUCUCUCCAGCAGUUAAAAGUUGAGUCACAAUUCCUGCGUGAGGAGUUGAGAAAAGCCGGUGGCCAGUCAGCUAACCCAGCACAUUUCAUGGAAGAGAAGAUCCAGUUAUUGAAAGAGGUGGAGAGACUGAAGUUGAGUCUUCGGGAGGUGGAGCAGGCCAGAGUAAAACUCCUUGAAAGAGCAAAGAGACAUCAAAUAAUCCAUCAGAGCAACCAGCAGAAAAGUGAGAAUGAACUUCAAAUGUUAAGCAACAUGAUCAAUAAAGUCAGAGAGACCCUGUUGUCUUUGCCAGAAGUUGUGAAGAAUUGUGAACAACUGCAACAGCUUGUUGAAUACAUUGGCUGACAUGCUUUUGUUAUUGUCACCUGUGUUCGUUGUAUUUAUGUCUGUGUCAUGUUUUAGUUUGUCCUGGCUGUAAGUGUAAAAGUAAAAAGUAAAAGUUCAUAGUUUUGUUAUGAUUAAAAGAAUUUUUUUUAAUCUUAUAAUUUGUCUUUGUUCCUUAUACUUGAGCUCAUUUUUGCAUUUGAAGAGCAAAGAUGAUGAUUCUAUUGAAAAUGUUUGUGGCUACUUUUGUGUGUUUGUGUGCAAACGUGUUACAUUCAUGUUAAUAUUUGCAGCAGCACACAUUGCCACUGUUAUAUUUGAAUACAUCCUGCUGAAUAACUACGUGUGUUGCACCAUGUGUUCGCAGUCAACCUUCUCCACCAGGCGAUAGUCAUUACAAAUAUAACGUGAGUGAUUUUUUUUUUUUCUAAUGGAUUUGAUGACUUUCAUAUCUUGGUCUAGUACUUCUUUCUAUCUAUCAGCUGAUGGUUUGUGAAAAAAGGUAUUAAUGAAAAGUAUUAAUGAUACUUAAAUCACACACCCCUUUAACUUUCAGUCAUGACAAACAGUAAAGAGUUUUUAGUACAGAAAGUGCGCCCUGUUCACCUGAUUUAUUAAAAAAAAAUUUAAUCUUCGAAAAUAUAAUAAUCUUCCUCUGAGGUUUCUUCUUACGGCACAGUUUAGCAUUUGGUAAAAGUUGGGAGAAUCAUACAGUGUAAAUUAAUGUAGAUACCUUGUGAAUGUGUUUGAAUAGGAAUUGCAAAAAGCAGAUUUAUUUUUUUUCACUUUUCUCAAUCUUUAGCACAAUAUAACUUUACAUGUUAACCAUCUGCUUGUGUGUACUGUUAACACAAAUGAGAUCUGCCACCGUAGGCUACACCUGAGCUUAUUUAAAUCUCCGUGCUCCUUGCUUUAGAUAUUGAUAAUCUAAUUUUAUAAUAAGUGCAGCGUCCGAAAAGAUCACCCAUCACCUUCAGCAUUAUUUUUUCUAUGACCUCUGUCCAAAAAAAAAAAAAAAAAAAAAUCGUCAUAUCUG